GCUAGGAUUACAAGCGUAAGCCACCGCACCCGGCCUAAUUUGUUUGGUUUUCCAGUAAGCACUGUGGUGUAUGUGCUGUUAAUUGUCUCUGGUGGACUCUACAAGCUUAAUGUACACAGUGCUGGGCUGGUGCCAUGGCUGCUUCUCUGAAAAGUUUUUGACAUCACACCGGAUGGCUGAGACACUACGAACAUUUUACUUUUCAUCUCAACCUCCUGUCCUAGCAAAGGUGCUUGUCUAGUUUCUGUAGCUGUUUGAAUGAAGGGCGCAAAUUUGGUGUGCUGCUGAGAAUGGAGCAGACCUGGCACUGGGUGUGAUCUAAGAGACGGGGGUGAAGAGAUGAGUCAAGUUGCCUGUGACAUUUGUGAUUCAUGGUGCUCGGAUUCACCUUACUGUCUGGAGGGCCCAACCUCAAAGCCACUAAACAUACGACAUUAGCCAAGUCCUCUGAUCUCUCUAGACAGCAGUUUUCUCCUAAGACAAGAUGGCUUUUUGGCCAUUGGCUGAAGUAAGCCAGGUGAUUUUAAACAAUGCAUUAAGCUCUUCUGAAAUCUAACAGCCUUGUUCCAAGCUGCUCGCUAUGGAGAAGAGAGCGCUGAGGGAAAGAGGCCCUGUAGUCUUUUGCCAGUGGUGUCGGAUGGGCUACUCAGCCCCAGCACUUGAAAGUUGCAAACCUAGUCAAGAAAGUGCACACAGUACUUCACCUUUUUAUGAGAUAUAAUUACAUUGACAUGACGCCUUAUGAUUUACCCGUGACUCGGGGGGUUUCCAAAAUCCAAACACUUCCAGACUGGGGCCCGUCAAUCAGCUUCCUCUUGCUUUUCGUGGACUCCCAAACUGUGGAAACCUGCUGGUGUUUUGCUGCGGUUUCAUUUCCCUCUGCGGAGGAGCCAGGGCAACCUCGGCCAGACAGGCACCCAGCUGCGCCCUUCUUUCCAUGGCCUCUUCACUCAGCUGACUCUCCUGGCCUGCCUAACGCUCCUGGCUGAGACGGUUUCCCGGCUUCCUCUAACAGGUUGGCGAGAAGUUGAUCUGCAAACGCGAGGCAGAGCAGGAGUGUCCUUAUUCGGUAGGCCUCUGAUGGGCCGGCCACCAGGUCCGUCCGAAAGUCCUAGCCGAGUGAUUGACAGUGGCCAUUUCAAAGCCUGAUUUCACCUUUGCAACCACAAUCACGACCCAGAAUAAACUGCUUCCAGGAAGCCAGUUAGUUGCACCUUGCCUGAAGUCAGUCUCCGGACUGCCUCUCAGGACCCCCGCCAGGGUUUCGGGUUCCCGCCUGGGUCACGUGUACGGAGGCUGCCAGUGCGCACUCAGCCCGGCCCGCCGGUCGCCAGAGCAACACCAAUCCCGGGUUCACUCCCGCCUCGGAAGUGCGGUCCCCGCCCGACAGCCCCCGGCUUAAGGGAGCCUGGCUAGGCCGGCAGCCAGAGGCUCCCGCAGCUUGGGGCCGGCCAUGCUUCGCGGCUCGUGGCGCCAGCUUUGGCUCUUUCUCCUGUUGCUGCUGCUGCUGCUGCUGCUUCCGGGCGCGCCUGAGCCCCGCGGCACCUCCAGGCCGUGGGAGGGAACCGACGAGCCGGGCUCGGCCUGGGCCUGGCCGGGCUUCCAGCGCCUGCAGGAGCAGCUCAGGGCGGCCGGCGCCCUCUCCAAGCGGUACUGGACGCUCUUCAGCUGCCAGGUGUGGCCGGACGACUGUGACGAGGACGAGGAGGCAGCCGCGAGGCCCCUGGGCUGGCGCCUUCCCCUGUUGGGCCAGCGGUACUUGGAUCUCCUGACCACGUGGUACUGCAGCUUCCAAGACUGCUGCCCCGGUGGGGAUUGCAGAAUCUCCAACAACUUUACAGGCUUAGAGUGGGACCUGAACGUGCGGCUGCAUGGCCAGCAUUUGGUCCGGCAGCUGGUCCUAAGAACAGUGAGGGGCUACUUAGAGACGCCCCAGCCAGACAAGGCCCUUGCUCUGUCGUUCCACGGCUGGUCUGGCACAGGCAAGAACUUUGUGGCACGGAUGCUGGUGGAGAACCUGUAUCGGGAUGGGCUGAUGAGUGACUGUGUCAGGAUGUUCAUCGCCACGUUCCACUUUCCUCACCGCAAAUAUGUGGACCUGUACAAGGAGCAGCUGAUGGGCCAGAUCCGGGAGACGCAGCAGCUCUGCCACCAGACCCUGUUCAUCUUCGAUGAGGCCGAGAAGCUACACCCAGGGCUGCUGGAGGUCCUUGAGCCACACUUAGAACGCCAGGCCCCUGAGGGCCACAGGGCCGAGUUUACAUGGACUAUCUUUCUGUUUCUCAGAAGGCUGCAAGAAUGGGCUCACGCGGCAGGACAGGAACGUGGAACUCUGCGAUCGGAGCUGCUGCCCUGUUCUCAUGGGAGCUGUAAAGUGACUAGGCACCUUACAGGAUGGAGAAGGCCCUGGAGUCCGUGCCCCUGGGCCGGGGUGAGGGAGUAUCACUGUGGGGUUUCACAGCAUCCCAGAUCCUGCCUUCAGCCUCUGCCAAGUAAUCUCAGGGGCGAUAUAAUCAAUGAGGUGGUCCUAAAGUUGCUCAAGGCUGGAUGGUCCCGGGAAGAAAUUACGAUGGAACACCUGGAGCCCCACCUCCAGGCAGAGAUUGUGGAGACCACAGACAAUGGCUUUGGCCACAGCCGUCUUGUGAAGGAAAACCUGAUUGACUACUUCAUCCCCUUCCUGCCACUGGAGUACCGUCACGUGAGGCUGUGUGCACGGGAUGCCUUCCUGAGCCAGGAGCUCCUGUAUACCGAAGAGACACUGGAUGAAAUUGCCCAGAUGAUGGUGUAUGUCCCCAAGGAGGAACAACUCUUUUCUUCCCAGGGCUGCAAGUCUAUUUCCCAGAGGAUUAACUACUUCCUGUCAUGAAGGCUAGAGGAAGACUUCCUGGAGCUCCCUUUCUUCCACUAACGGGACCCUGGGACCUGUAGGAGCACCCUGUUUGGGACUGUGAGCUGUUUGAGGGGCUGUGGACUGGCAUCCAGCAGUCACUAACACACAACUGGUGUGUAAAAGGCAGGCCUUACAUUAGAAGCUGAGCCAAUCCUUUUUCUUUUUUCCUUUUCUUUUUUUUUUUUUUUUUUUUUUUUUUUUUUUUUUUUUGAGGUCCCACCGAGAUAGGAACUUGGAUUGCUGGAUUCAAAAACAGACCCCAUUCUUAAGAUCACUUGGUGCCUUAAAGACAUGCAUUCCAAAGUGGAAUGUGGUUGAAGAAAGUGGGCCAGGUGGUUGAAGACAGGCGUGUGGGAGCUCAGCAAAUCCCAAAGGCUUAUUAUGACACUCCAGAUGGUCUCCUUAGCAUCUCAGCUCUUCUGCAAGGAAGAGCUUGGGUGUUGGGACUCAAAGGCUGUAGAGUCCUUGGGUUAGAGAGCUGGGGAGAACGAAGUUCUGUGACCCAGAAGUGGCGAGUACACUCUAGGUUUACGGGCUGGUGGGCUUUCAAAUUCAAAUUGGUACUCCCAGAGGAAAGCCGGGCUGCUUCUGUUGUGAGCAAUCAGCCAAGAGCCUGAGGCUGAAGGGAGAAGUACACAGAGGAAGGUGUUUUACAAAUCAGGUCAGUGUAGGCCAAGACUUAUGGUCUACAGAUUUUGGUGGGGGAGGGGGGAACCUUUUCAAAGACAAUUGGGGGUCUUGACGUGUUAAUGUAAAGAUUAAAAUUUUUGAUUUUUCUAAAA